CAAAAAUUCAAUAACAAUAAAAUAAUAUUGAAAAAAUAAUAAAAAGUCAUAAUAUCACCAUUAAAAGACUUUCAAAUAGAAAAAACUUGACGUUAACCAAACAUUAACCUGUUCAUUGACAGAAAUAUUGUGAAAUGAUUUUAAAAUACAUCGAAUUGUAGACGAAAAUCCUCAAAGAUGAAUAAAACGAUUGGAAUUUUAAGAAAAUCAAAUUAUCAACAACAUCAUGAACCAUCACCAAAUCUUCUCGUUUUUGGAUAUCAAUCUAAGCUUUACCGAGACGAUAAGAAAGCUCUUGAAUUUGACCGGGAAGUUCAUCUCAUCCCAGCUCCUUAUGAACGCAAAGAUUUAAUUUCAAGAUACGAUGUCAGAGCAACACUUGACAGUGCACCGCAGGAGGCGCAUGACAGUUUCAUGAAUCGAUUGGAUUAUUUAUCACCAGCGGAACAGCAAGCAGAAAUGAUGGCCGAGAAAGAACGUUAUUACAGUUUGUACACAAAUGAAGUUGAGGAAGAGUUGUACAAAGAAGAGCUAAAGAAACGAGAAGCACAAUCAGGAUAUAAUCAAGUUUCCUUCAGUUACAAUAAAAUUGGUCCAGUUGUAGAGAAAGAAGCGACAGUGUCACAAGAACCUGAUGACAACGACACGACUCCAUUUACACCAUCAGCAAAACUUGAUUUACCAGUUGACAUGGAAACACCGCCGACUGUUAAACUUAAUCAAAUCAUUGAGAAAACAGCGAAAUUUAUUUCAUCUCAAGGGCCACAGAUGGAAAUUCUUUUGAAGACAAAACAAUCGUCAAAUCCACAGUUUGAGUUUCUUAAUCAUAAUGGACAAUACAACAGUUAUUACAAACACAUUCUUGCGAUGAUAAAAGCUAACACAUAUCCUUGGGAAGAAGCAGAAAAUGAAGAUAAAAAUGAAGAAACCAACAGUCAAGAACCAUCGAAUGGUGUCAACAACAACACAAAUGGAAAAGAAGAAAUCGCUGCAACACAACCAACAAUAUCAUCGAUAAUUAUUCCGAAAAUGAUCUUCAAACCAAGUGCUGAUUGUGCUUACACACAAUUGAUUAGUAAAAUAACAAAAGCGCCAAUCGCUGAGAUUGAGAAACAAAAGCAACAAGAAUCAGAAAUGAAACAAAAGAUCAAUGGAGUGACGACGACACAUAAUGAAGUUCUGAAGAAGUCAUCAGGAUUAUUAGGACUUGUUCAUUACAGUUCCGAUUCAGAAAGUGAAGACGAAAAUGUGAUGACAUAUUCAGGAUUAAUUCCGCCAUCAGAUCUUCAACUUGUGAUUGACAAGACUGCGAUUUAUGUUGGGAAAAAUGGCGUCGAGUUUGAAGAGACGUUGAGGAAGAAACAAGACGUGAGAUUUCAAUUCUUAGACGUCACUAACGAGUUCCAUCAAUAUUAUGUAUUCAAAGUGAAUGAAAGUCGUGGAUUGCCACAACCAAUAGCGACGACUUCUUCUGUCGUUGUUAAGAAGUCUGAUGAAGAAAUCAAACAAUCAAAACCAACACCCGCACCAGUUUGUUUCUCAAUCAAAUCAAAAGAAGAGAAAACAACAACGUUGAAGCCGACAAUAUUGCAAACAAAUAGCAGUGAUGAAGAGACAAAGAAUGAAAAUGUUGUUCAUCAAGAUCCUUCAAAAUUGACGAGUGUUGAAGAAGAAUUGGAGAUGCAAGUGGAUGCGAUGAAUGCUGAACGUGAAGAGAAACUUGCAAAAGACAAAUUGACAGAAAAGCUCAUGAACGCAGCAAGAGAGAAACUUGGAAUGCUACCCAAGGAGAAAAUGCUUCAAAUUGAACGGAAAAAGAAAGCUUUAAUGUUCAUCAAUCAAAUCAAAGGAUCGAAUGGAAGUUCUUCAAAUGGAGCAACGAAAGACGACAAUGAUGUCAUUAACUUGACACAUUGUGGUGAUGACUCAGAUGAUUCUGUUAAAUCGAUUCCCGUCAACACAGUUCCGUCUUCUUUAAAACAUUCUUCAAGGUCUCCACGAUCAAGGAAACGAUCAACGUCACAUUCAACUCGCUCCAGUAACUCGUCAUCAUCGUCAUCUCAUUCAAGAAGCUCAUCAAGAAGUCACAAGAAAAGCAAAUCUAAAAAAUCACAUCGAAGUAAGAAGAAAUAUCGUCGAAAGUCACGUUCAAAAAGUCGAAGUCAUUCAUCGUCACGAAAGAAGAGUCGACGAGAGAGAAGACACUGAGAUGUGCCAUUGAAAGUUUUCCUUUCUCAAUUUUAAUUUGUCUGAAAAUUUAAGAAAAUCAUUUCAUAAUUUCAAUAAAAAAUGCUUUUUAAAUAUCGAAAAAAAUGUGUUUUCACGCAAUUUUUAUUUCUCUUUAGAUAUUCAUUUCAGAUGAGACA